GUGUCAUCAAAACGAACCAAUGAGAGACUGCCAGGUAGAUUCAGUCGAUGUGGCAACUAUCGAUAUAGGUACUCAGCAACUCUGUCCUAUUCCAGAUACAAGACCGCCCUGUGUAGGGAUUUCUGAAAUUUUUCAUCACGAUGAGGUCGAAACAUGGUGCCAUAAUACUUCUGAUCAUCUUGGCUGGAGUCUUUCCUAGUCAUGUGAACUGUUGGUGUUGGACGGAUGCUUUGCUAGCAGGGGGAGCUGUAGUUGUGGGCGUCGUAGCGGCACCUGUUGUAGCAUCAGCCGCGUUAGGGGCUGCUGGUUUCACUGCCGCCGGGACAGCCGCCGGUUCUGCUGGAGCCGCCCUGAUGUCCACCUAUGGCGGCGCCGUAUCUGUGAUGCAAUCAGUAGGCGCGGCUGGUUUAGGAGUAGCUGGCAAGGCGGUUGGUGGCGCAGUGGCAGGAGCUGCUGCCUACGCCGCUGGUGGGGGCAAUUGUGAUCCAAAAUCUCCCAACUGCUAGGGAAAAAAAGCAUCCUUAUUCAUGAAUGUGGUUAUUUUCGUCAAGUUUAAAUGAUCAGGUUACUGGUAUCGUAGUACACCGUACAAAACAAUUAGAAGGUUUUAAAUUUGAAAUAAUUCCAUAACAAUAAUCAACCGAUUAUGUCGAUGUCAAUAAAAAUAAUUCUCAUGAUUUGA